AUGUCUGCGAAUCGGGAUGAAGCAGUUCGCCUUUUCGUCGCCGGCGCUGCGGGACAAGGGUCCGGAAAGAGCACGCUAUGCUUGGGUAUCCUCGGUGCGCUCUUGGAAAUGGGCUACAGCCCAGACGAACUUGCUUACAUUAAGCCCUGCACGCAGGGCAUUCAGCAGACGCUCGUAGCGAAGUUUUGCAAGGCGAAGGGAAUACGCGCACGACACGUCGGGCCCGUGGUAUUUUUCGCUGGUUUCACGCAGAAAUUCGCAACAGAGACUCUUCCAACAGAGGUGUACGGUAGAAAUGUCGAGGAAUACAGGAGCACUCUCCAAUCGAGAAUAGAGGAAGCUGUCGAUGACUUGUUGAAUCCAAGCGCCGACAUCGCCGAUUUUACCAACGACGAUAUAACCGCGGUGAAAAAUAAACCGAUCAAAGUCCUGCUAAUCGACGGCGUCGGCUACCCAGGCGUCGGCAGCUUAUGCGGCGUGUCAAACGCGACUACCGCGUUUCUUUGCAAAUCGCCGGUCUUGAUAGUCGGGAAACCCGGAAUGGGAGAUUCGAUAGAUUCCUACGAGCAAGCGAGAUCCUUUUUUGAGGCCUGUCCCAACGGCCGCGUGCCGGUUCUUGGGAUGAUCGUCAACCGGGUCCGCGAGGGGGAGAUGAAGAAGACGAGUGCUGUGAAGGACUACUUUUCUAGGGUCGUUCCGAAAUAUUUUUGGGAUACCUAUCCACUAGAUCUACCGAAACUGUAUGGCAUCCUGCCGGAGAAUGAAGUCUUCUCCCGCAUAGAUCUCGAUUCCUAUGCCCCUCCGGGCGAACACGCAACCUGCAAUAUCACGUUGCGGCCACCCAAGCCGUCGCAGCUAACAGUUGACUUGCCAACAAGGGAAGAAGAAGAAAUUUGUGCCGCAUUAGUAGCCAACUUCACAAAAAAUGUCGACAGAGAGACCCUGAAAGCAUUACUGGAAAAUUGCGGACGACUGCAAAAAACGAUGGUGCUGGGAUGAGCUUGCACAUCAUGUAUGAACAAAACGAAAAGCGACAGAGUAUAAUGCGACAAAAGAUCAUCUACAUCUGACAUCGACGAGUUGACGCCUCGUUUUCUCGAAAGCUUUCGCGUGUCAGGCUGGCCACCACAUGAUGCAAGUUCGCUUGUUUGUUCGACAGUCGAUAGCCCCGCC